AAGAAACCUAACGCCCAGCUCACUCUGUGAUUCAGCAGGAGGUUCGCGGAGCCGGCUAUAAAAACGUGCAUGGGUUCAAACGAAACGCCAAACACCCUUGUGUCACGCAUCACGGAAGCGUAAAGACGUCCGGACUGUGGUAUCCAGAGGUUUCAAGCGGACCACCCCACCACAACACCGUUCCACCAUGAUCACCAAGGUGAUUCUCUGCGGCCUGCUGGCUUAUGCGGCCGGACAAGCCCUUCCUGGAGAACUUCCGGCCUCACCGUACAGCUUCAAUCACGACACGACGGACGAGUUCGGCACCCGCAUCAGCCACGAAGAGACCGGUGACGAAAGCAACAACAAGGUCGGUUCCUACAGCUACACCGAUCCGAACGGAAUCACCCGUACAGUGCGGUACGUGGCCGACGCCAACGGUUUCCGCGCCACCGUCGAGACCAACGAGCCGGGCACCAAGACCUCGAACCCGGCCGAUGCCCCAUUCGUCUCCAGCGCCGUCGAGCCACCUCCAGCACCGCCAGCACCCAAGCCCGCCACCGUGGUCGUCCAGCCAGCUCCCAGGCCAGUGGUCGUCCACACGACACCCGUUGUCCACGCCCACCCAGUCGUGCACGCUCAUCCAGUCGGACAUAUCCUCCACGCCACACCAGUUACCCUGCACGCUGCGCCGGUCACCUUGCACGCUGCGCCAGUCCACUUGCACGCCGCGCCCAUUACUUUCGCCACGACCCACCACGCGACACCGGUCCACCACAUCACCAUCGGCCACGCUCCGCUGACGUACACCCUGGGCCGCGCCAAGAGCUAAGCGUGCUCCGCUUGUCUACACUUUCCCACCUUGGUAUCCACCUACGGGUGUCACGUAGUCAAGUUAAGCCACUGCUGGCUUCGCCACCCAUCUGUGAUGCGAAGGCAGGACGGCGAGAACUUUGGCUGGGCUUUCUGUUUGUCAUUUCUUUGCCUCUUACUGCUUCCUCCUCUGUACGCAUCGAUGUCGGUGUGCACGCAAUGGAAGUCAUUGUGGCACGCUUUAACCUCAUUGCACCAGAUUGUUCUAGUUCCUGUAAAAUAUUUCUGGGGGAUUAGGAGACUAACGCUAGGGAUAAUCCAGACAACGAUUGGUGUGCAUGCUGGUGCUAAGGCAGCACUUUUUUGAAAGCAAAUAACAUGUAAUUGGUCCUAAUGAGGCCCCAAAUUGUAUUUAGAGGUAUGCAGGGAUCAGUACCUUUAACAUGUGCGCAUACAUUUUAGAAACCUAGAACACUUUUCUCUGCAUUUUCACGUGAGUUUUUGCAAGUGUGCUUUUGCGUGACAGUCGCUAAAACUUAGCUCGUUUUACAGAUGUCAGAAUAUUGCUUUAAGGGCUGCUUGAGUGUACUCGCAUGGCCUAUGAGCAACCGAAAUUUUCGUGAUUUCAACAUGACAAAGUGACUACUACUUUUUGAGUAGCGAAUUAGCGUACUGCCUUUCUCUUAUCACUAUGUUGUUUGUGAACGGCUUCCAUGUGUGUAAAAUGUAGAUAACUAUCUUUUGUUCUCUUCAUGCUUGAUGAUACUCCCGACAUGUGAAUAUAUUCUUGUCAUUGAAGUAGCCUUCAGGGACUAUUGUUUGUUUAAGCUGCACCCUUUUAUUUAAAAAAUAAAUUGUUUACGUGCAUCUGCGGAA